AUGUGCCAUUGGUACGCACACGUUUAUACCUGCAAGCACACGACAUACGCGCUAGGAAAAUAUUGCACGCCUGGGAACCUGGUGCAAACACCAUGCAAGAAAAAGAGCAUCUGGCAGACGAUCCGGAUGGGUGAGGAAUGCGAGAAUUGU